AUGAACAUCCGUGCCUUUAUGUUGGCCCACAUGUUCAAAAUGCUCUCAGAAGGUAUGACUGAGAGUUAUGCAAUGGCGAAGCUAAGAACAAAUGGGAGGAUAGUUUUCUUCUUCUUCUUCCUAUCUUAUUUAUACCGUAACUUAAGAAACUCUUGAAAUAUAUCUUGAGAGGCUGGAAUUUGAGAAAAGGAGGAUGAAAUUGUAAGGGAUGAGGCAAGAUUUUACGGGGCGGAAUUUCGUUAAUUUUAAAAGACCAAUUUAAUAUUUGGGAUUAGAGAGAGGAGACUCCAUCUUCCUCCAGAAUUUCCAACGGCAAGUUAUGCCGGGCGAAGAACUUUGUAGUUAAAAUAGAUGAAGUAAAAACCUCUCAGUACGCGUGACUUGAAAACAUAGCGAUAGGGUAGGACAUGAUUGCAGACGGCACAUUUGCCUCACUUUAGAUAUGCAUUCUAACAAAAACUGGGUCAAUAUGCGUCCCAAAUUGAUGGGGUUAUUUCUUUCAAGUAGUUUUUUACAGGGGCUAUUUUCAUUUUGGGUUUAGAUAUGAAGUCUUCUGGCUUCCUCUUCUCCCAGUCCCCAAAUGUACCAUUUGUUGCUCCCCGUUUGCGACAUUGCUUGGGUUUGGCACGUUCAUAUUUAGAUAUGAAGUCUUUCACCCCAAAUCUUUGUUGCGCUUAUGGAAGGGAUUGCAACGUGAUUGUUUCAACCUUGGUGGACCAUAAAACCAUUGUUGGAGGAGAGCGCGAGGCUGGACUUCAAAGGGCUAAGCUCUUAUGGCACCAACUGUACGGCAAUGAGCCUUUCGAAGUUGACCUGACAGCCCCUGUUGGUAACGAGAUGCCUCAUGUGUCAAGAAUCCAAUAUGAUAUAGUGGCUGCAUGCAGUCGUCAGAGGGUCAUUAAUUAUAAGGUUUCCUUACCACAUUAUGGGGACGAAACGUUUCUUAGAGAUGCACUUAUACGAUAUAAACAUCAUUUGAGGCUCAAACAACAAAAUCUGAAUACGUUUUUGGUUCCGUGUUGCGACUUUGACCUUAUAUUGCAUGCGCACCAAGUUCAUCCGCUGGCCUAUAGGACGGACACCAUGAAAAUCCUGGGAAGAGUCCUAAACUAUGAUGAUGAUUCUGUAAACGAUCGUCCACCAGGUUCUAAACUUGUAACGUCUGCGAAAGCUGUAGUAAAGAUAUGGAAGGAUUUUGGCAUGAAUUCUGGGACGAAUGGAGCCAUGUUUCGAGGGGAACCUCCUUUGAACAUUGCUGAAAAUCGUAACCCCAUCGAUUAUUCCUCAAUGGCAAAAAUAAGAUUUACAUACUUUGUGGAUGUUUGCGAAGUAGAGAUUCAUGGUCUUCCAAAGCCGAAAUUAUACUUAGUCCAAAUAAGUUUGCGUGGAAGUUUUCGUGCUGGUGGAAAACAGUCAAGCUAUAAAGUUAAGGGGCCAGUUGCUAAUUUUCACGGAAGCACGUUUGAGUUUGAUACAAGCAGAAGUAAUUUUAUCCAGGUAAAGAGCCUUUUUCCUUCUUAGAUAUUUAUAAUUAAUUAAGCAAACAUCCAUCUCCAAAGUAACCAGUAAGAGUAUGUCCUUUCAAAUAUUUAUGAAUGAAUAAGACUUCGUUUGAAUAAAAGUGACAGUGUUUUUUCCCAGACCGAAUGACAUCCAGACAUCGAGAGCUCGUCAAAAUUUAUUGAUUCCGUAAAAACGUACAGACUAAGAUACCUUUCACUCACAAGUACGGAAGAGACAUAGCACUAAAGUGGUAACCACCAUAGUCAACCGUUUGCAUGAGGCCAAGGUUCCCCUUUUCUUUUGUUAGCUACAUGAAUGAAAAAGGUUUUAAUCUAUGCAAAUUAAAUUAAUUGAACGUCAGGCAUUAAUGGCUCAAUCAAUUCCAAGUAGGCCUAUGAUGGUUAACAGUUAAUAAAUUUUCAUUUAACGAACUUUAUCACUCCCUACAGGUAGAGGCAAGUUUUUGCCGUCGAUGUCGAGACUCGAUGUCUUGUCUGAAGCGCUCUCCUGAUCCCGUCAGAACGUGGUUUAAUAUUCCUUGUAAUCUUGACGGCAUCCUGAGAGAAUUCGUCAAAACUGACGUAAAGAAACAUGAAUUUUGGUUUGAUGACCAAACCUCUAUUAGACUUACUGUCGUCACUCAUCCACCUUCACAUUUGCCCGGGCGGUUUGCGCACUGCGAUCAAGAAGGCGAGGAGUCUGAGGAGUGAACAUGUUGCAGGAAGCGACUGUGGGGACGAAUAUUCGUUAAAUACGCUGUAGAAAUCAGCUAAGUAUUUGCCCUUUAUUUUCUUUCAAAGAUGUCUGUAAAAACGGAGGCUAUCGAAUUAUCGGGGGAAAACAGUGUCAUUCCUUUAAUAAGUGUAUUUUGUUCGAAAUCACUCUCAUGCGGUCGGUGAAUCGAAGCUUUAUUGCUGCUUUGUUUGGGUUUGCUUAGAGUCAAUAGCACUAGGGUUUGCAAUUGUCAAGCUUCGAAUGCUUUGCCAGCCAUAUAAACCAUAAUACACUCAAACCAACCGGUUUGCGAAGCCACGUAGGGUAGACAGUACCGACAUGAAGCUUGUUGAAGCAGCAGGGUAUAUUGCCUUUACUUUCAGAGACGGCGAUGAUCGUGAAUUUGGUGGGUGUGGUGGAUGCCGGAGGUGGUUGCAAUACGUGUGGAAGCAGCGGUUGUGGUGAUGACGGAGGCGGGGGCGACGGAGAUGGCGGCGGUGACAGAGAUGGCGGAUGCGGGGGUUGUGGUGAUUAAAUCUCAAAAGGUUUUAGGCUUUGUGUUUUAAAUCCAAUAAAUACACAUGGAAAUUCCUCUCUGAAAGAUGUUCGGUGAGACUUAAGGGGGCAAUUCGGGCAAAAGCCUCACUAAUUAAGAGGCAAUUAUCGAAAGAUCGUUUCUUAGGAGAAAACGUAUGUCUUUCGUACCUCUUCAGCUAAUACUUCUGAUACAAUUUCAAAAUUCUUUCUUUCAAGUAUUUGACAAAUAAUUUCUAUUUAUUGUCGAAUAUAGACAAUAUUACGCGGGUUCGUAUUCAUGUUUUGCAGCAAAAAGCAUAUUUGCAAUUACGUUUGUGUAAUCUUGGAUUGAAAUGAGGCCGUAACCAAGAAUGAAAUCUAGGAGAGACGAAUCUCGACACAAAGAAGGAGUUUAAAAGGUUGAUAAAAACAUAGCUUUCAUACUUCCUUAUUUAGUACCCCUACAAUAAGGUAAACAAAGAAUUUUGCCCAGCAAAAGACAUAUAUUAAAAGCAUUAUUAUACAAUGCACUAAAUAUCUGCUUUCUCAUUGGCAAAUAGCCUACAAUUAAUUUGAAACUCGGCGCAACCUACAGAUACGUUAGUUAUCUCUGUGCUAGCAGAUAGCUGACUUGUCAAGUUGCGCGCAAAAUUUCCAAGAGCAAUCAAACUAUUUAACCUAUUCCCCUGCUACAAACUGAACUGGUUUACAUAACACUCGUGCCUCUCCACAAGGGUUUCCUCUCUACAACGGUCAUUUACAGCUUUUUCGAAAAAGGUUGUCGGAAAAUUGAGCAACCGACAUCCCCGAAAGGUAAUACUUAAGUGGACUGUGAUCAAUAGAGUGUUCCUGACCUUGUAGCUGCCGUACCUACUUUUGUUGUUUUGUUUUAGAACUUGCAAACAUACCUCCAUGGCCUGCACUGUAAUUUUCAGGGAGUUAUAAUAACUCCUCUAGUGGGGCUAAUUUAACUCCUGACAGUGGAGUUAUUUUUCGUGGAGUUAUUUUAACUCCAAAAAGGAGUUUAAAGAACUCUUUUUCAGGAGUAAAAGUGACCCCAGAUAUUGAGGAGUUAAAAUAACCCCAAAAAAGGAGUUAUCCUGUACCUAAAAUUUUUACUCCACUUUCAGAGUCAAAUUAACUCCAAAAAGAGUAAAAACAACCCCUGUAAGGAGUACAAGUAACCCCAUUUCGGAGUAAUUUUAACUCCAAGACUGGGAGUAAAAAGAACUCUUUUUCAGGAGUAAAAAUGACCCCAAAUUCGGAGUUAAAUUAGGAGUUAAAAUAACCCCAAAAAAGGGGUUAUCCUGUACCUAAAAUUUUUACUCCAUUUUUGGAGUUAUAAUAACUCCCUAAAAAUUACGGUGUGCCGUGCUAUUCUUCCAAAUUUACUUUAAGAACAGUAAAUUCGAAACCACCUACAAUGCCUUUCGGGACUUUCCUUUGCACUUUUUCCGCCAACUUUUCUCGAAAUUGCUUUAUACCUCCGUCCUCAAGAUGGUUCUUGUCGAGAGGUUCAACUGUAUUUCUUUGCGCUGCCCUCAACCACCCGUGCCAAUUUCUAAGUGAAGCGUACUCCUCCAAUCGACAGGUUAACUGGAGCAUGGCCGACUAUUAGUGCUUAAUUUAACUUGCUUCGUUGCUUAUUGUCAUGAUAAAAAGAAAAAAUGUCAGUUCGUUUGCAAGGGGGGAUGGAAGGUGGUGGGGCUUUUGACAUUUUGGGGGGAGGGGGCCGGGAGUGUAGUACAUAAUAGAGAGUCUCCAGAUAUUGGAUCUCCAGAGGUUGACAUCUCUGCAACAUUUACCCCUUCCGAAAUUAUCCAGUCUCGGAAGACUGUUACAAGUGUGUUGGUUAACGAUCGUUCUCGUGUUGGUAGACGAAAUCUACAAGCCUGGACAAUUUUGCAUGAAUUAAUUACAUGUACAUUUCUUCAUAUUUGACUCUGGUAGAGAUACUAUAGGAAGUAUUGUACAUUGCGGAUAAAAAUGAAUACUACCACUAAAAUAGUGGUAACAAGGGGUGAUUAUUUUCUAGUUAUAUUAAAUGCAGAAAGGCUAAAAGUAGCAUAUUACUUUUUACGUUGUUGUUAAAAUACCUGCAAAGGGAGCUGGAUCGAGGUUGAUGGAGGGAAACAAUUUUAGACGCAUAUAUAGAUUACUUUUCUGGGUAAUUUUUAAUUCUCAGUUAAUUAAAUAUGCAAAACAAACAAUGUUCCUCGAUUCAAUUUUUUAAGCGAGAGAUAUAAACCACAAAGCGUGUCGCAAGGAAACUUUAAUGUUGCUUAAUUCUUCCUGCGACAUCCUAUGAUAAAUGUCAAAGAAGAGAAUUAAAUGGGUUGUUCUUAAAGCUAAGCAAAGGUUACAAUAGUUAGUUUAGUAAAUAAACUUUAUGGUACAUGAACCUUAAUUAUUUGUAAGCCAGGCUCUAUAUGAAUAUGACUGAGACUGUAAAAGUUUAGUCAUUUGUACUUCUUCCCAAUAAUGCAUGUAACUUUGUUGCAACUUGUAAUACAAAACCUGUUGCACUUUUCAGUAAUAAUGAAGAGUCCAACUAAGGGAAAAUGUUGUCAUAGGAGUAACAGCACAAGCACCUAUCAAUCAAACGAAGUUUCUGUGCCAACAAGGUCUUAGCCUGUACCAUGCUCUCGGUCAGUGUAGACGAGAAAAGGGAGGGAGCCGUGAAAUAGUACCCGAUCGAAAACGGUCCACUACUCCGUCUCUCCUCACCCCUCAGCGGUUUUCGUCGAUCCACUUCUUCCUCUUUAUCUUCGACCCUGAAACAGGCUACCUUUCACGUGUUUAUGAAUCAAGUUAAAAUUGGCGAAAUAGAAAAAUUGUCCAACUGGAACGAAUUGGUAGUUUUCUUGUUAUUUUUUGUUAUCAUUCCCAAUAAUACCUGUAACUUAUUUUCGGAUCAUAUACGUUUCUGGGAAACGGUCCACCUACCCCUCCCCUAAGGCAACAAUUUUCCCUAAGUAAGAAGUAAGUGUUGAUGUUGGCUUUGGGGGGAGGUAGGUGUGCAGUUUUCCCAGAAACGUAAAAUGAUCAGUUGAAUCUAGGUAUUUUAACAUUUUCAAAAAUCUCAACCUUAUCGGCCCUAAUAAUUGUCAAUAAAAAUGUCUACAAUCGGCGACAAAAUGCGUUGAAACACUUCGUCUAAAAUUGGGCUUUUUUACGUUUUACUAACUUCAAAAGGAGGAAACACAGCUUUUCCUCCCCCAUCCCCUGGAAGUUUGAGCUACCUAUAGAAAACAACAAACACCCCAACUUUGAAUGGAGGGGACAGUGGAGGGGUGUGGAUUAUUUUGUUCUCUGAAGUUACCCUAUUUGAGUACAAUUUUGUCGCCGAUUGUAGGUUUGCAAACGGUAGUUAACCUGGUGAUGUGAUGACGUCAUAAGUUAUACAGCUGUAAAUGCAUGAGUUCAGUCAGUUCAUAACACGUUUUGAGCAAAAGUGAGGGCUGUUCGAAUCCUUGUCCUUCAAAAACUGCAAAAUAGUUAAAUUCCAUCUCUAUUUUUUGUGGAAUCCAAGAUGGCUAUCAUCGUUCCAUUGUCUCUUCUAUCAUAGAUCAGAGAACGAACGAGAAAAAAUGUGUAAAACCGUUCACCUACUGUAGGCCACUGUUUUUACUCCACUUGAUAUUGCGGCUUAUUAAACCGCGCUAAUAUUGACAUUUUACAGACUUCUUGUAUAACAAUAUAACUGUCCAGAGAGGAAACAAGCUAAAUGGUGUGUUUGCUGUUAGAUUUUGAUUCCUGUUUGCUGACUGGAAAUAGCUGAAUAUGAUUGAGAUGAACCAAAUGGAAAUCAAUGUUUGGCUUGACAUUCUUCCUAAUUAAAGUAAGGAAGGACAUAAUCGUACAGGAAAAUAAGUGGCAAACGUUGUCGAUAUUUGCAUCGUCAUGCUUCAAGCUUCCUUGAUUAAUGACAACUAAAACCGACACUGAAACAUGCUGAGCUAGGGUAAUUGGUUCUGCACCACAAUUCAGUGUUGUUUGUAAAUGGUCGGUCAUACGUGAAACACUUUAUUGGUCCAAAAUUAAUACCACACUGCCAGUCCGUCUCCCGAUGCGAUGUUGUGAGGACUGUUUGAAGAUAAACAACAAGGUUUCAAAAGGCAAGCAGAAGUAUGGUAGGCAAGACAACGUAUAAUUCACUUAAAUAUUAGUAAAACGUACAUUGCCUUAAAGAAAAUUGAUAUUCACUUUGGGUUUAAUUAGAAAUCGCUGAUUGUAAAUAGUUAAUUUUCAGUUAGGUUAGUUAGAGUUACACUGGUAAGUCAAUGUUCGUUGAGAACCCGCCUUGUCAGUAGUUGAAUGCGAUAGUCUUUUACUUAGGCUAGGUUUACCGUUCACUCUACACCGAAUAGCUUUUGCGCCGCCACGUAUCAUACUGGAUAGGUGGAGGAUGGGGCUUUUGUUCACACACAAGACCGGUGAUUUCGGCGCGAUUUUUGUAACACUGUGCGAAACUGUGCUACGCCAAUCUCUAAAGUUAAUUCCCGCCAACCGUUUGUGUCCAAUCACGGUGCAAUUCCGCAGCGUUGUUCGUAAAUCUUUGAGCACAGUCUCAGCAUUUUUCGAGUUGUUUCCAUUAAGCACUGUUGUUUGGAAGUUUUGUAACUUCCUCUAAGUUAGUGGAUAGCAGGGUUUCAUAAGGCAAUAGGAAAUAGCCAAGGGUAAUUGCCUUAUUGCAGACAGGGAUGCUUAAAGCACAUGAAAUUUAACCUCACGAUCGGAAGACGAUGCCCUGGUGCAAAUGUAAAUGAUAGAAUUUGAUAAGCGCUGGAGCGUUUUUUAAAUUAAGACACCGUAGAAAGCCGGAGUUUGUGUUCUAUAUCUGUGAUCUGAUGGAGGACGAAUUUUUUUUCAUCUUUUCAAAUGUAUUAGGAGUAUAUUAUUUUACAAUGUCCCAGAAAGAUUAAUAUUGCCGCCUUUACUUCCAUGUUAAAGUCGCCCAUAUGUUAAACGUGUUCAAGUUACUAUCAUCCGGCUUGGUUUCAUUUCGUAUUUAUUAAUUUCCGGACAAGAAACAGGGAAUGGCUAAUCAGUCAAAUUAACAAAUAGAUUCCAUGUUGCCGUGCGUCCGUUCAAUAGUAGAUCACAGAUGACGUCAAAAUGUGGUAAAAACAAUGAAGCGGCUCGUGUGUGUCACUGAUGUUUUUACCACAUUUUGACGUCCUCUGAGAUCUAUUACUGAACAGACGCACGGCAACAUGGAAUCUAUUUGUUUUAUACAAUGAUCAGAAAAGAAAAAGACCGCCUUACACAUACCUGCCUCGGACCGCUUGACUGUUCGAGGAUUUGUGCUAGUUUAGGCAUUUUUUAAGUCCCAAGCGCUCGUCUCUGUUUCUCUUUUUUUUUCUUUAUCUUAAUUGUAUACAGUUUCUUCGAAACGUUUUUCAACGUCCUUCCUUGCUCAAAGCCGAAUAAUGGCAAAAACAUUUUGCAAAACGGCGAGUCUCCCAUAGCGAUGAGCGAUUUCUUAUAGUUUAGGCAUUCUAAGUAGUCAAGUGCUCUUUUUGUCCCCGUUUCUCCAUUUUUCUUUUCUGUAAAUAGCUCCUGUUGAACAUUUUUCGAGGAUUUCACUUGCUUUAAUCCGAAAUAAUCUCACAAACAUAUUCAAAACUGUGCGCCAUGUUGAACAAAACAAACUAAGAAAACAAGUUUCGCGUGACGUCAUCCAUGUAUAUGUACUCUGAUAGAUCAUUGGCGACGACCAAUCACAGCGCGCGUAGCAUUCACAUCAUUGUAUAAUGCAAAAGUCAGCUAAUGUUUCUUGCUUUUGGAAUCGUAACAAAGGCCGUAAAUGUAGUCUUAAAUAUUCUUUUAAAGUUCUCAAGACACUGGACUUUAAUAUUGAUUACAGUUUGCCCUUCGCUAUAUUCUUUGAUGAGUGAUUGAUAACUUCAUAGCUGGUUAACUUCAAACUUGACUUUGUAAAAGAAAAGAAGCUGUUGGACGGACUUGGUUACUGCUCAAGCAUGUAAACAUGAUGUUGCAGUUAUAUAGGAGGUUAAAAGAAGAGUCACUGGACUGAAUAUAAAGCAGCUUUUUUAAGAUAAAUUUCUAGUUAAAAAGUGUUUCCAAAUAUUGCCGACGUUACGAAUGUUUAUAACGGUUCAACGGAUAGCAGGCUUAAAUCAAAUGAUAAACAUUAUAAUUAAUCGUAUGAUAAAAGUUAUUAAACCAUGAGGAAGGAAAUAGGCACGGACACUGCAUUUUACUUCGUAAAAGCCUUUUCAGCACCUCUCAGGGCAGUAGAGACUUGAUGUCAGAUAGAGUCGUUUACGUGAUCUGUAGAUACGGAAAUUGAUUGGAGACAGCCAAUAGUAUGUAAUAUUCUUGGACUUCUAACUGCUUAUUAAUGUAACUUUUUCCCAUUUAAAGGAUAUUGGUGACUCGAGCCGACAAACAACCAUGUCAGAAGAAGAAAUAUUUAGCAUCGACCUGGUGGAGGCGGCCAUCGCCCAAAGAAACUUCUUAAAGCUUGUAGAUGAACAUCCGUGCUUGUAUGUUGGCCAACAUGUUCAAAAUGCUCUCAGAAGGUAUGACUGAGAGUGAUAGUGAAGCGAAAUUCAUAGAAGGAUAGUUUUCUUUUUCUUCUUCCUAUCUUAUUUAUACUGUAACUUUAGAAACUCUUGAAGAAUAUUUUGAGAGGCUGGCAUCUGAGAAAAGGACGAUGAAAUUGAAAGGGAUAAGGCAAGAUUUUACAGGGCAGAAUUUCGUUAAUUUUAAAAGACCAAUUUAAUAUUAACUCCCGUCAAAGCAAAAUUGGAGGAACUGUCCAAACAAAAUAAUAUUGCCUGUACAAUUUCUUGGCACGCGCUUAGCAAAAAACGCUAAUAGUCUGUUACAAAUCAGAUAUUACAGAUAAUAAGUAAAAAGCAAAGAAAAAGAAAAGAAGAAAUAUUUGUAAUAAGGUCAAAAGCAAGAAAAAAACAUUGUUUUUUGCUUGAGGUUUUAGUAAUAUAAAUUUAAUAUAGAUUUACACGGAACUAGAACUCAAAAUAUCGCGACCUACUCGCUAGAGGGCCAUGCGCUUAAAUCCAUCAGCUAAAUAAAUUGUUACCGCAUAGGUUUUCGAAACGUCAGUCACUGUCAACAACAGUCCUAUUCAGUAAUACGUUCACCCGGACGAUCAUACUCCACCUGCUGAAUCACGUUUCAGGGAAACUGCUCACCUACCCCUCCCCUAAGCCAACAUUUUGCCCUAAGGGAGAAGUAAGUGUUAAUGUUGGCUUAUGGGAGCUUAUGGGAAGGGCUUUCUUUCCCUAGGGACAAAGUAAACUGUUCGUGAUAAAGAGGUUUCCGUUAACCGGGGUUUCACUGUAUUGAAUCAUGCACUUUUAAAUCUAGGUCAGUUUGAACGUUUGCACGGCCCUUUCUCUUGCCACCUGCCUUCAUGGGGUUAUUCUUUUCAAGUAGUUUUUUACAGGGUCUUUUCCAUUUUCGGUUUAGAUAUGAAGUCUUCUGGCUUCCACUAAUCGCUGAGUUCCCAGAUGCAACAGUUGCUGCUCCUCUUGACAUCGCUUGGGUUUGGCACGUGCAUAUGCUUUCACCUCUCGCUUAUGAAAGGGAUUGCAACGAGAUUGUCUCAACAUUGGUGGACCAUAAAAUCUUUGUAGGAGAAGAGCGUGAAGCUGGACUUCAAAAGGCGAAGCUCCUAUGGCACCAACUGUACGGCAGUGAGCCUUUUGAAGUUGACCUGACAGCCCCUAUCGGUAACGAGAUGCCUCGUGUGUCAAGAAUCCAAUAUGAUAUCGUGGCUGCAUGCAGUCGUCAAAGGGUCUUCAAUUAUCAGGUUUUCUUACCACAUUAUGGGGACGAAACGUUUCUCAGAGAUGCACUUGAACGAUACAAACAACAUCUGAGAUUCAAACAACAACAUCCAAAUACAUUUCUGGUCCCGUGUUACGACUUUGACCUUAUCUGGCAUGUGCACCAAGUCCAUCCGCUGGCCUACAGGACGGACACCAUGAAAAUCCUGGGAAGAGUCCUGAACCAUGAUGAUUCUGUAAACGAUCGUCGACCAGGUUCUAAACUUGUAAACUCAGCGAAAGCUACAAUAAAGAUAUGGAAGGAUUAUGGCUUGGAUUUUGAGAAGAAUGGAGCCAUGUUUCGAGGGGAACCUCCUUUGAACAUUGCUGAAAAUCCUAAUCCCAUCGAUUAUUCUUCGAUGGCGCAAAGAUUUAAAUGCUUAGUGGAUGUCAAAGAAGUAGAGAUUCAAGGUCUUCCAAAGCCGAAGUUAUACUUAGUCAAAAUAAGUUUCCGCAGUAGCCUUGGUGUAGGUGGAAGACAGAUAAGACAAGAAACUAAGGGACCAGCUGCUUCUUUUCACGAAAGUUCCGGCCGACCUCUAACAACAUUCGAGUUUAAUAAUACAAGGAAAAGUAAUUUUAUUCUGGUGAAUAGCUUUUUUUCCCAUCUUAAAGAUUUAUAAUGUAAUAUAAAGCAAAAUUCCUUCUCCAGAGUACCCAGAGAGGAUGUGACCCUCUACCUUUUUAUGGAGAAGGCAUCGUUUGAACAAUAGGAAGGGUGUUAUUUUUUUUACGCAAUUACAGCAAGAUAUCGAGAUCUUGUCCAAAUGUAACACAGGCAAAGACAACUUUCACUCACAAGUAUGAAAAGGACGUAGCACCAAAAUGGUCGCCGCCAUAGUCAAUCGUUUGCUUGAGUGUUCUCUUUUCUUUCGCAACGUGAAUACAAUCUAUGCUGCAAACAAAAGUUUUUAAGAUGGAAUCUACCAGGAAAUUGAGUAAUUUUAAUUUUCAGUGGGCAAAAACCUUGUACCAGAAUAAUUUAAAGCAUAUUCCAUUCUUUUUUACAUUUGUCAAGGGCUAAAGAUGUAAUUAGUCAUCUGUAAUAACACCAAAGAAAAUCUCUUAAGGGAGACCGAGAAAAAGAAGGUCAAAUUUCACAAAAUUACAUCUUACAAAUGAAAUUUUCAGAAUUUUACCUGUGUUUUCACCUUAAUUAUUGUGAAAUUUGACAUUCAUUUUCGCGGGCUCCCAUGAGAAAUAGUCUUUGGUGUUAUUAAUGAUUUGGAUAUGUGUCGGAUCCACUUGAAGAAGAAUCACUUACCAGUUUUUGCACUACAUCAGGUUUAUUCUGUAUACUGUACUUUUUAGAUUACAUACGUCUUAAACACUGAAUACUCCGAGCGAGCGGGAGCGUCAAAAAAACCUGGUACAUUUUUGCUCUCUCCUUCCUGUCUUAUACCGCGUGGUCGUUUAAAUAACCUAAAAUAUCCUCGAGGGACUAAAUCAACACUAUAUAAUAUACGCGGUAUGGACGGAAUGCAAAACAAUUAAAGAUGACUAAGUACUUCUUUAGGCCUUGAAAAUGUAAAAAAAAAAAGAGCAAUAUUAUUUAAAUUAUUUUGGUACAAGGUUUUUGUCCACUGAAAGUUAAAAUUACUCAAUUUCCUGGUGGAUUCCGUUUCAAAAACUUGCGUUAUUAACUCUUUAAGUCCCAAGAGUGACCAACAUCAAUUUUCUCCUAACAAUGUCAAAUACAUACUCAAAAGAAAAGCUUAUGAGAAUUAAAUAAAAUGAUCACUAAAGGGAAAAUGCUUUGAUCUUUUAACAAAUUCUCUCAACUUAUUCUAUGAGAAUUGUAUGAAGGGCAGUCUUGAGAAUUUGCUGGUGGAUCUUGGGGCUUAAAGGGUUAAACGUCAGACAUAAAUGACUCAGUCAAUUCCAAGUGGGCCUAUAAUCGAUAACAGUUAACAAAUUCUCACUUCACGAUCUUUAUAACUCUCCACAGGUAGACGCAAGUUUUUGCCGUCGACGUCGAGACUUUAUUUUCUGCCGCAAUCGUUCAACUGAUCAAGUCAUAAGAAACUUUUUUAGUAUUCCUUGUGAUCUCGACGACAUCCCGAGGGAGUUCGUCGAAACUCCUGAAGUAAAGAAACAUGAAUUUUGGUUCGAUGAUCAAACCUCUAUUAGAAUUACUACCGUGACUCAUCCACCUUCGCCUUUACCCGGUUACCACUUUUUUACGGUGAAACCACGAGGAACCGGCUUUCACUCUUUCCGUGACCCGUCUAAGAUUUCAAGAUCUUUGACGUUAUUCCUCCCUCCAGCUUCACUGACUCGUUUACCAGAAGCCUCUUGUGAAACGUCAACGGGUCAGGUAUUGUACGGGCUCGACCAAGAAGCGUUUACUUACCGUGUUAUGCAUUCCGUGGCCUUGCAGCUUUCUUCAGUUGAGGUUAUUAACAAUGAUGGAAACGUUGUAAGUACAGCCCAUCUCAUCCAAAGCCACGUACUUCCAAGGCAAUUGCAAGUCAGCAACAAGGAGGCAAAUUGCACUUUAAAUGAAGGAGAAAGGGCUUUCUUGGUAAGAGGAAGCAAAGACUGGGGAAUAUGCAUUGGAAAAUGGGAGGGUUACGUCAGAGGUGUUCCUGCUGUGGCUCCAAGUAAACGAAGCAGAUGGGGGACCCGUGGCAUACCCGGCAAUCCAGGUUAUCUUAAAAUCAAGUUCUUUUCUCUUGUGGAGACGAACGAAUGGAUAACAUCAUACAAAAACAACAUGACGAACUUUGAGAUUUAUUUCCCUACUGGCACGUGCACAGUAGACCUGCGAACGGGCGAGAUUUCAUUUCCAGCAAGAGUAGAUCAUGUACCAGAGUCAAUAGCGCUAGGGUUUGUAAUUGCCAUGCUUCACCUCAUUUGCCAGCCAUUUCAACCCACAGCUCGAUACAACAGUAUCUCUCUGAAUUUAAGCAAACCACGUAGGAUAGACAAUGAAAACAUGAAGCUUGUUGUAGCAGCCGGGUACUAUGCUUCUACUAUCAGAGACUACACAAGUGGUGACUGUAGUGGAUGUGGUGGAUGCGGUGGCUGUGGUGCGUGCGGAAGCAGCGGUUGUGGGGGCGACGGAGGGGGAGGUGAUGGAGAUGGCGAUGAUGACGGAGGUUACAGCGGU